AAUUCACGACCUGAACCCAACAAUGAACAAACAGCCUCCUUAAAUUUGAGAGGCCCGCAGUGUAUUGUAAUAGUUAUGUUUCCCUGCUUAGUCCUUGAGACUCUAAUCCCCCCAACCUACUGGAUCACAUUCAGACAGGGAGAUCCAGCAGACCCAGAAAAACGUUAGCAUUGCGCCGUUCAUGCAAUCCAAUCGCAGAAAUCAUCAAUCUUUCUCUGUUUUGGCUUAGGGUAAGUUGUGAAAUUUAUUUCUAUCCACUUAUCUUCAUCUAUGUUGGGAGGUCUUGUUACUGCUCCUUCCAAUAGUCCCCACUUACGGAAGUCUGGAAGCAAACCUGUUUUCUCUGAAUUUGGUGAGCUGGAAAAUGGUGCUGAGGAAGGUUUCUUGACUCCAACGGAGGCAAUUGAUUUGAAGGGUGUGAGUACUCCAGUGAGCACUGCUGCAAUCAUGCCAUCGCCUAUUUUAUUAUGGAGAUUCAAGGUACUAUUAUUCUUUGUCUGGGGUUUCAUUUGUUGCAAGAUUGGAUGGGAUUCUGUUAUGAGAAUGAGUGUGGACUUACGUGAUUUAUUUCUAUACGAGGCAUUUUUGUAUUAUAAUCCUCUUCUUCUUGUGACUAUGACAGUUUGGCUUUGGGGAAUAAAUUUAUGGUUUUUUUCUCAAGCCAAUGUCAAUUAUGCAAAAAUUUUUGAUCUUGAUCAAAAUCAUCUAAGUCACAGGGAAAUUUGGAAGUGUGCCAAAUGGAUGACUAUCGUCGUUCCAAGUAGCAUGACAGCUUAUCUUUAUCUUUAUUCACAUGGAGAAGUAUCAUUGGCUGCUUCACAACCAGUUCUUUUAUAUUGUGCCAUCGCAAUGAUUUUGAUAUUCCCAUUUGAUAUUUUUUAUUUGUCAUCCCGCUUUUACUUGUUAAGGACUCUUUGGCGAAUAGUUCUUCCACUACAGGCAAUAUCAUUUUCUGAUUUUUUCUUGGCUGAUAUCUUGACCUCCAUGGCAAAGGUUUUUUCUGAUUUGGAGCGUUCAGUGUGUAGAAUGGUCCAUCGACAGGUGGCCACUAUUGCCUGGUUUGAAGCCGAUUCUGUUUGUGGCAGUCACUCCAUUGCAAUACCUAUAGUUCUGGUUUUGCCUUACCUUUUUCGUUUCUUUCAAUGCCUUCGACAAUACAAAGAUACUGGGGAGAAAACAACCGUUCUGAAUGCUUUGAAAUAUUCGACUGCUGUACCGGUGAUUUUUCUUUCAGCCCUUAAAUAUCAUGUCUUCCCUGAAAGGUGGACAAAUUUUUAUCGGCCUCUCUGGCUUCUCUCGAGUUUUUUGAACUCCUUAUAUUCAUUCUACUGGGAUGUGACCCGAGACUGGGACUUGAGUGGCUUCACUCGGAUAUUCAAGUUCAGCAAACCACAUCUCUUCUCACACAUGUUAUAUGGACGAAAAUGGGUUUAUUUUUGGGUGAUAGGGAGUAAUCUUGUCUUGCGUUGCACAUGGACAUACAAGCUGUCUGCGCAUCUUCGCCAUAAUUACUUAACGGUGUUUGCUAUAGCUGCUUUGGAGAUUUUUCGUCGCUUCCAAUGGAUUUUCUUCCGUGUGGAAAAUGAGUGGAAUAAGAUGAACUCCAAGUCAAAUAUUCAGCUCUCAAUGAACGACAUCCCAAACGAGGAAGAGAAAAAAUUACUUGCUUCUAGCGAGCACAAUGUAUAGUGAGCGAGACAAACAAUCAAUGUCUUGCUGGCUGCAUCAUUCGAGGUUUUUGUAAAACAUUUUAGCGAUAAGGAUCUGUCAUUCCAUUUUUUACGAUGUUAAUUUUCCCUCUUUUGUUUAUAUAAAAAAAAAGAAAAAUAGGUCUUUCAAUCAUUAGUAGAUAUUUGAUAGACGAUAUAUUGAUUCAAUUUAAUACAAUAUCAUUGUUAAUGGUGGAAA